UUGUAUACAUUUAUUCAACACACUCUAGCUGGCAUCAGACAUGACAGUGACUUCAAAGAGGAGGGGCUCCAGAGAUUCAAAGGGACCUCACGCCAGGGCCUCGAGCACCAAUGGCCGAAGCCCAAAAAUGGGUCUGUUGCCAAAAUCCUGAGGGCAGGAAGAAAUGGCUGCUGCAUACACAUUCACAUUGGCACAAGACAGCCAUCCACCAAACACUGCAACAAGAAGAGAAUAGACCCAACUGCACUGGACAGGGGAUCCAACUUCCUUUUCCCACUACCUGCUGUGUUCGGGAGAACCAUAGCGAGCAGUGGGUGUUUUUCGUCGGUUGGCGAUCAGAUCCACUUCUGCUUUCCCAAAGCGGUUCCAAAUCUCCACUCAACUGGUCGGCAACUCUGAUCUCCAGACCGGGAAUGUGGAGCGCUCACAGGCUCCUCGGCAAGGCAGCGGACCGAAUCCCAGUCAUGCAGCUGUGCCGGUAAAGGCUUCCUGUUUCAGCUUCCUGUUUCGGCUUCCUGUUUCAGCUUCCUGUUUCGGCUUCCUGUUUCAGCUUCCUGUUUCAGCUUCCUUUUUCGGCUUCUCUGGGUAGUCUGAGGCACCCGAAGCCGCCGUUGUGAAGAUCCUUUUUCGCGAUGAGGGACAUGAGAGGCACUGAACAGGUUCUUCAACCGGCAACUUUAAAUGCCUGCUUGUGAUUGGAAGACAGCAUUACCCAUGUAGUCCAGAGGGAGGAGCCUGUGUACCUCAUGAAUGUGACAUUUGAAGGCCGUAACCUGUCAUUUAGCGAAGAGGGUCACCAGAUGUUCCCCAAACUGGUAAUCAUUCUUCUAGACAAGGACAGACAGUGGGACAGGGUUGGCAAGUGGGAGAGAGGCUCUCUGACGAUGAGAUACCAUGUGUGGCCUCGCUUUGAGCUGUACUCUGCGGCGGAGGAGCGGGAGGAUCACCUGUCCAUCGUGACUCUAGAGGAAGCGCCGUUUGUCAUCGUGGAGGACGUGGACCCACUCAGUGGCACCUGCAUGAGGAACACCGUGCCGUGCCGCAAACAGCUCAAACUCAGCAAUCAGACUGGCGAUUCAGGGAUUUACAUCAAGCGCUGCUGCAAAGGGUUCUGCAUUGACAUCCUGAAGAAGAUCGCCAAGGCGGUGAAGUUCUCUUACGACCUCUACCUGGUCACCAACGGCAAGCACGGCAAGAAGGUCAAUGGGACGUGGAACGGCCUGGUUGGUGAGGUGUUGCGGAAGAACGCCCACAUGGCAGUGGGUUCGCUCACCAUCAACGAGGAGAGGUCCCAGGUCGUUGACUUCUCCGUGCCCUUCAUCGAGACGGGGAUCAGUGUCAUGGUCUCCCGUAGCAACGGCACCGUGUCCCCCUCCGCUUUCCUCGAGCCCUUCAGUGCUGAUGUCUGGGUGAUGAUGUUUGUGAUGUUGCUGAUGGUGUCGGCCGUGUCUGUGUUUGUGUUUGAGUACUUCAGUCCCGUGGGUUACAACCGCUGCCUGGCAGAUGGACGAGAACCCGGGGGCCCCUCCUUCACCAUCGGCAAGGCCGUCUGGCUGCUUUGGGGUCUGGUUUUCAACAACUCCGUCCCCGUGCAGAAUCCCAAAGGGACCACCAGUAAGAUCAUGGUGUCAGUGUGGGCCUUCUUCGCUGUCAUCUUCCUGGCCUCCUACACUGCCAACCUGGCGGCCUUCAUGAUCCAGGAGGAGUACGUCGACCAGGUGUCGGGCCUGUCGGAUAAAAAGUUCCAGAAUCCCAACGAAUUCUCUCCGCCUUUCCGGUUUGGCACGGUGCCCAACGGGAGCACAGAGCGCAACAUCCGCAACAACUACAAGGACAUGCACACUUACAUGACCAGCUUCCACCAGAAGAAUGUAGACGAGGCGCUGUACAGUCUGAAGAACGGCAAGCUGGAUGCCUUCAUCUACGACGCGGCGGUGCUGAACUACAUGGCCGGCCGGGACGAGGGCUGUAAGCUGGUCACCAUCGGGAGCGGCAAGGUGUUCGCCUCCACCGGCUACGGCAUCGCCAUCCAGAAGAACUCCAGCUGGAAACGAGCCGUGGAUCUGGCCAUCCUCAUGCUGUUUGGAGAUCGUGAUAUGGAGGAAUUUGAGGCUCUGUGGCUGACGGGCAUCUGCCACAACGAGAAGAACGAGGUGAUGAGCAGCCAGCUGGACGUGGACAACAUGGCGGGGGUCUUCUACAUGCUCGCUGCCGCCAUGAUCCUGUCGCUGCUCACUUUCAUCUGUGAACAUUGGUUCUACUGGCAGCUGCGCUUCUUCUUCAUGGGCGUGUGCUCGGGGCAGCCCGGGGCUACCUUCUCCAUUAGCAGGGGUAUCUACAGCUGCAUCCAUGGGGUACAAAUUGAGGAAAAUAAAUCCAGCAAAGACUCGCCCUCGGCCACCAUGAAGAAGAACAUGAACAACACCCACUCCAACAUCCUGCGCUUGCUCCGCACUGCCAAGGACAUGACCGCCGUCCCGGGCAUUAACGGCUCGCCGCACGCCGCCCUGGAGUACAGCCACAGCGGCCGGGACUCGACCAGCUACGAUGUCCAGGAGCACCGGCGCAGCCUGGUGGGCCACCCCGCCGACUGCAAGUCAGCGCCGCCCUACCUGCCAGAGGACAACAUGUUCAGUGACUACAUCAGCGAGGUGGAGAGGACUUUUGGCAACUUGCCCCUGAAGGACAGCAACCUGUACCAGGACCAUUACCUGCACCACCACCCGGCCUCGGCUCUGGGUAUGUCCGGCCCACCGCCUAACAGGCCGCGUAGCUUAGGCAGCAGUAGCUCGGUGGAGGGGGGCAUGUUCGAUUGCGACAGUUUAGGGGGAGGGGUAGCGCCCAUCUUCACCACCCAGCCCCGUCCCUCCAUGACUCACAGGAAUACCAAUAAGUUUGACCUGAUCGCUGGCCACACCCCUGCGGAUUCCAGCCAGGGUGGGUUCAAGGGAAACAAUGUGUUUGGCAGGUUUUCUUUCAAAGGAGGUGCAUCCAGCACGGGGCUCAUCGGGGGUCACGACAGGUACUGUGGUGGGCGCGGGGGAGGCUCAGGGGGGGAUGAUGGGAACAUUCGCUCGGAUGUCUCGGAUAUAUCCACGCACACUGUCACCUACGGCAACCUGGAGGGCAACAACAAGCGGCGUAAGCAGUACAGGGACAGCCUCAAAAAGAGGCCAGCUUCGGCCAAGUGCAGACGGGAGCAGGACGAAAUAGAGCUGAGCGGCCUUCGGAGGAGAGCCCACCACCACACCGUCCACCACCACUUCCCCCACGGGCCCCUGGCACACCGCACGGUCUCACCUCCCCUGGGGCGGAAGAGGGGAGGCGGAGGGGGUAAUUCUUCACCUUACUUGUUCCGCAAAGACAAAGAGAACCUGAGGGAUUUCUAUGCGGACCAGUUGCGCUCCAAGGAAGGCAAGGCCAAGUGGGAGCAAGAGGGUGGAAGUGGAGGAAGCGGCGUGGGCGGUGGAAGUGGUGGUGGUAUCUGUAAAAGCUUAAUACCUGUGGAAGACUUCCUCAAAGGUAAAGGCAAGAAUCCGGAGUGUAAAGGUGGGCUUGGCUCAGUGUCGGCAGGGCAGCAGGCCCACACCUGCUGGGAGCAGGGGCUUUCUGGGCUGGGAGGUGGGGGCAUAGCAGGGGGCGACUGGGAAUGUCGAAACUGCCAUAAUGUGUGUCACCAAGGUGGAGGCGGCCCUUGCCCGGCUAGCGGGGUUGGCGGCAGCAGCAGUCGCCCCAGCUCCGCUAGCUGCAAGCACAGCGACUCGUGUCAGAUCUCGCAGAGCAACCUUUACAACAUCAGCGAGGAUCUCAACAUGGCGUACGCCGGAGUGAAGAGUAGCGUCGGACCCAGCCAAGCACAGACUCAGGCGCAGCGCAGGAAGAUAGGCCCGGGCGGGAGGGUGUUACGGAGGCAGCACUCAUAUGACACGUUUGUGGACCUGCAGAGAGAGGGGGCGGGCCGCCGGGGAGGGGGCGGGGGAAAGUCUCCCCAGCCGCGGAGCGUGAGCUUGAAAGACAAAGACCGCUUCAUGGAGGGCCCCAGCCCUUACGCUCACAUAUUCGAGAGGUACCUAGGGGAAAGAGAGUCUUCCAUAUUUGGGGGAGUAGGCGAGGACAGGACGAAGGGAGGCUCCUCCUUCAGUUUGUUCCGUGGAAGCGAAGGUGGGUUGCAUCAGCGGUCCGUGGGGGAGAGAGACCUGAGGGACAGAGAUAGAGCUUUGAUGGGAGGUGGGGGCUGUGGUGCUGGUGGUAGCAGCAGAGGGGCCGGGACUUACUCCUUGUCUAAAUCUCUCUACCCAGAUAAGGUGAACCAGAACCCCUUCAUCCCAACCUUCGGCGACGACCAGUGUCAAUUACACGGCGCCCAACCGUACUACGUCAAAAAGCCACAGACGCAGCAGCAGCAGCAACAGCUUCUCAACAACAGCCGAGGAGGAGGGGACUUCCACGGCUCCAUGGGAACGACUUCCUAUUUGCCCAAUGUGGCCCCCAGGUUCCCUAAAGAGCUGUGUCUGAGCGGGGUGGGGGUGCCCAUGGGGAACCACCACGGGGCCAGCAAGCUACUGCCGGUGGGCAGGGACACGUUAGGCCUGGGGCCGGGACAGAGAGCCUUCAACGGUGCCAGCAACGGACACGUUUACGAAAAGCUCUCCAGCAUUGAAUCAGACGUCUGAGGGCGAAGACGGAGGAAGAGAGCGCGAAGGGAGAAGAUGAAGUGGGCGAAGAAAAGGGGGAGAGAAACAUACAGAUGCUGAUGACCUCUCAGUGUGACGAGAACGAUGAGACACGAUACUGUGUGUGUGUGUGUGUGUGUGUGUGUGUGUGUGUGUGUGUGUGUGUGCGUGUGCGUGUUCUCGACUAAUUUGGACGAUGCACACAGGCCACUGCAGGCAAAGCUGUGAAGUCUGGCGGGAGACAAGUUCUUUAUGAAAAGAGAGGAUUCUGGUGCUGCUCCGACGCUCAGAGAGAGAUAGGAAGAGAGGGAGGGGGGAAGGGAAGAAAGGAAGGAAGGAAGGAAGGAAGGAGAGGGGGGAAAGUUAAAUCAGAUCUCCAGUCUCUGCUCUCUGCACUCGCUCAUCGUCUUUCCCUCCUCCCUCCUGCAGUUCCUUCACACCAAAACAAACAUUUUGUUCAACAACGAAAAUACAAUCAUGAAUGAGAAAUCAACGCUUCUGUUGAAGUAACAGGGUAAACUAAUAAUAAUUGUAUUGAUAAUGUUAAUAAUAUUAUUUAAUAUUAUUCCAGUGUUUAACGAUGAUGAGUUUUCUUUUUUUCUUUCCUUAAAUUUCAUUGAUUUAACUAGUUCAUGUUGCAUAUUUGUAUGAUGUUAAUUCUUUCUUAGCUUACCAAUAUUACAGGAUACCAGUCGUCUGAUUAUUUUUGCGGGGUUCUUGUACUUUGGACUCUUCUUUGCUCUUACUUCUUCAUGUUUGAUUUUUUUUUUUUUACAUUUCUUACUCUUGAGUGCUGUGAAGUGUAUGUGAAAGGCAUGACUUGAGUGCAUUCUAUAUACUUAUACAUUCGCAAAGAAGGUCUCUUUCUUUUCUGCUACAGAAGCAACAUCAUCAUACUGAUUUUGCCGUUUCCUCUCCGUUUUCUUUCUGCUCGGCAGUACCAAAUGGGUCUCACAUUUUGAGCUGGAUGUGCCUUAAGGAUUGAUACCGAUUUUCUACACACGGCGAUCUGCUCUGUUGGCAGACAGAUCCACCUGUAAAAAAUUAGUCCAAUUGAUCAGAGUGUGAAAACACACCUGAAGAAGUCCGACGAGGGCCGAGGUUUCACGAGCGUGACAGACUUUUAGGCAUUUGACAGAUGUUGUAGUAAAAAGCUGCCUUGAAAUGAAACUGAAAUAGGUAAAUCCCCAACAAUAGAAGUAACCAAUAGCAGGUUUACAAGGGUUAAAACCGCAGUGCCAUGAUUAACACACAUUCCUGCCCCAAACCCAAAGCAUCAGCUCAGUAGAGCCUUGUAAAGACAUACCUACAAUAUAGGAACUCCUUCCACUUUUAACUUCCCAAUUUGUCUGAACUGCAACUCCUUGAAAUGAUUUAAAAAGAAGCUCAACAGGCUAUGUCCCCCCCCCCCCCCUACCUCCCUUCCUAGCCUCCUCAAACGCUGCUGUUCAUGACAGAUGACGACCCAUUAAAUACAUGUAAGUCACAUUUAAUGUCCGCUCAUUGCCUUCAUCGCGUUCCACUGGGUCCGGCUCAAUUGGCCGUGAAAGUCUUGCUGUUCAGGACGAGCCACAUGACGGACCCACAGAUUGAGGCCUCCGUUUCCAGAAUGAGCAGCGUUGACGUUAAUUAUUUCAUGAGUACGGCUAUCAGCCCGGCCGGCUGCGUUUGCAUUUGUCACAUUUGACUGAUACGGGAAGGAAAACAAAGUGUUGAACAUAUUCACUUGCUGGAGUAAAGGAGUCCAGUGAGCUCAAGUACGUAGAUAAAGUUACAUCUUUAUAGCAUAGUCAUUUAACUGUUUUUCCUUCACAAACAAACUAGGGUAAAUAGUACUAACAAUGUGUACUCACUGUACAGCGACUAGAUAGUGUUCCCCUUUGGUUAAAAACAAUUGUUUGAUAUGCUUAAAGUUAUUGGAUGAGAGGAUUCAGACCACUCCCACGUCUCAGCAGGUGAAUAUGAAGCCGCAAAGUUAGCUUAGCUUAGCUUGGAUGUGAUCGGGGAAGCAGCGAGCCUGGACAAAAUCCACCUCACAUCUCUGAAGUGCACAAAUUAACACGUUAUAUAUUCUUUGUGCAGGCCAUGCAGAAACUGCAGUGUAACAUUGACACAUACUUUCUUGUAGUUGCCACAAUGUUCAGCGACGAAAUUGUCUGCACAACUGGUCACAUCUUUUGCCAGAUUCAAAAGAACAAGAUAUAACAUAUGAAAUUAGAGUGCUGGUUGGCAGAUGUUCUUAUCUUUGGAUGGAGCCAGUCUCGCUGCUUCCCAGCGUUUCCAGUCUUUGUGCUAAGCUAAGCUAACUGGCCUCUGGUCCUUUAAAGAUCUGAGAGUGGUAUCAAACCUUUCACCAGUCUCCACAAGGAAAUAAAGCCCUUUUUGUUUCCAAAACGUCAGAAUAUCCCGUCCACCAGGAACAAGACAACCUUGAUCAUAUAAGCCGGUGCCCAUCAUCAUUUCUUCUCCGAACGGAAAAUAAGGAUUAACUUCACUAUGUAUUGUUACCUUGAUUUCUACCCCACCCACCCCCACCCCACCCCCUACUGGCACACAAUCUGUUUCACAUGCUGAGAUUUUGAUGAAGGAAGGAAUUUGCCCUCAAGACGUCCGAAGGUCGUGUGUGGAUUGUGUCAGCUGCAGAGGUUUGAGGAGAAAAAGAAAGGAAGAGGAGGGCAGGAGCCAGUAAACAGCGUCCUGGAAGCAGGUGGUACGUUUAGUGGAAAGCCACGCCUUAGUUACGGCAUCAGACAUGCGGGUCAUCUCUGCUCUCAACGCUGCACAGAAGCCACACGGAAGUUGUGUUUUGUUGCAUUCACAGCCCUGUUAAAAACGUAUUGGUAACGAAAAUCAUUUCCAGGUAUUUACUGUCACCUGACUUCUUAAGCACAAUAUGACUGAAUGGGUGGAAUAUAUAUUUUGUUUGUUGUACAUCCCAGUCAAAACUCUGGAGGACUUCCCUCCUCUUGGUUGACAAGUCCGUACGUAUGAUACUAGGAGGUCUCUAGUGUUUGUAAGGACCUGCAUGUAUCCAGUUUUCUUUCUCUUUUUUAAUAUUAACGUUUAGCCCAGACAAACAAUGGGCGUUUUUUGAAACAAUAUUUGGAAUUGUUAUCAAUCUCAUUCGUACUAAUGAUCCAUGUAGUACUGUGGGUGCGUGCGUGCGUGUGCUUGUUUGUGCAGGGGAAAAAACAAUCUUAACCGUCAAAAUGUGUGUUAUACUUUCAUGAAUAAGGCUAAAUUGAUUGAAAAUUUCACUUGGAUAGAAAACUUUGAUUUUAAAUAUUAAUUUUCUGCUAAAGUUUUCUUGAUAGUUUGUUUUAAUACUUUUAAACAAGGUUGAGGUCUUGAUUAAUACAUUCAUCGUCACUGAAGGAACCUUUUUUUUCAUUUCAAAUACUUUUCCUCUUGUUUCCCUUUUGAAUAUCUUGUUUCCUUAUUUCUGUUAUUGUACGUGCCUGAAUACAUACGCUUGAUUACCUCUGUGUAUGCUCACAUGGGAGAGAGACAGAGAGAGUGCGUGCGUGUGUGUGUGUGUGUGUGUGUGUGUGUGUGUGUGUGUGUGUGUGUGUGUGUGUGUGUGUGUGUGUGUGUGUGUGUGUGUGUGUGUGUGUGUGUACGUGUACGUGAGUAUGUGCGUGUGUGUGUGAGAGAGAUAAUUGUUUUGUUGUACAUGUAUUAUAAAACUGUAUGUAAAUACUUUACCUCACGCUCAUGGACUUUUGAUAAAAUCACUGAAAAAGAAACCUGGACAAAAACAACAGAGAAUAGAUCUAUUUGGGAUAAAUCGUUGAUUCGUAGGUUGCCCCUUGCGAAAUUGCUUUUGUAACGACUUCAGGCCAGGAUAUGUGCAAUCGUGUAUUAUUACACACAUAGUGUGCACAUUAAAUGAGUUAUGGCUCCUUCUUGUGUUUUUGAUUUGGUCCAAGACCAUAUACUAAGAAGGUUGUUUUUUCUCAAAGCACCGCCAUUAAUUGGUUCACAGAAAGCACAAUAGAUUAUCUGUUGCAUUUAUUUAUUUUGUACAGAGGAAGUCUCUUUUUGCUCCUCUUCGACUACUCUUCUGUUUUUGUGUUGUUGUUUUAUUUAUUUGGUUGACAGAAGACAACUCCACCCCUGAGCUGUACAGAUUGUGAACAAUUUACAUAUGACAAAAAAAUCUAGUUCGCCCUCGCAAUUAUUUUGUAUGGAGAGAAGUUACUUGUGUGAAGAGAGUAUUUCGAAUUUUGAUUGGAUAUUUAGUAAUAUUGAAAAUGAGAGUAAACACAGUCGAUGUGAAAAUAAGUGCUGAGAAAUAUUCUUCUUCUGUCUCUUUGGAAUAAAAGUGUUGAGUAUUAAUAAAAAAUGAGAAAUCUCAA